AUGAAAUCAUUGCCAUCAGGUUGUGUAGUUGUGGAUUUAGUUGAAGGGGUUCGUCGUUAAUAACACAGUACCUCAAUUUCUGCAUUUGAAUUGAUGAAAAUUUGAAUAUUGCAUUGUGUUCCCGAAAUAGAGCACGGGUCUCCUAUCUGUCUGCUAUGUACUGCCACGGAGCGAGUGUGUAGGACUGUAAGCAUCGGGGCCUACUGCGAGUCGCCUGCUUCCAGAAGACAGAUUUCCAGCGGGUCUGGAAUUAAACAGAAAUUAGCCCAAAAGCACUUCCCCGUAGACUCCAAUGUAAUACCCGCUAAAAGAAAUGUAUCCCGAAGAUGUAAUUCAUGAGUUGAAUAGUUCAAGUUAGUCUAACAUGGGAGCGUACAAAUAUAUGCAGGAGCUAUGGCGCAAGAAGCAGUCCGACGUGAUGCGCUUCCUCCUGCGCGUCCGUUGCUGGCAGUACCGUCAGCUCUCUGGUCUCCACCGUGCGCCUAGACCCACCAGACCCGAUAAGGCCCGCAGACUAGGGUACAAGUGCAAACAAGGCUACGUCAUCUACCGUGUCCGCGUUCGCCGUGGAGGCCGCAAGCGCCCCGUGCCCAAGGGUGCCACCUACGGCAAGCCCGUCCACCAUGGUGUCAACCAGAUCAAGUUCGCCCGCAGCCUCCAGUCCACUGCUGAGGAGCGUGCUGGCCGUCACUGUGGAGGCCUGAGGGUGCUGGCCUCCUACUGGGUAGGAGAGGACUCCACCUACAAGUUCUUCGAGGUGAUCCUGGUCGACAUCUUCCACAAGGCUAUCAGACGCAACCCCGACACCCAAUGGAUCACCAGGCCUGUGCACAAGCACAGGGAGAUGCGUGGCCUGACGUCCGCGGGCAAGAAGAGCCGCGGCCUGGGCAAGGGCCACAAGUUUCACCUGACCAUGGGUGGUUCCCGCCGGGCAGCCUGGAAGAGACGCAAUACCCUGCAGCUGCACCGCUACCGCUAGAGGGUGUCUGUACAUUUAAAGAAAUAAACAUAUGCCUUUUUAUGGUGACAAAUU